CGCACAUUUGCACCAGCAAAUGAGCUCAGUUGUUCCUUUUGACUUCUCUUUCGGGAACAUGUUUAAACGAUUGACCAAAAGGCGCUUGCCAGUGUUUUCUUGUUUGUUUUGUGUUUCAAGUCGCUCAGUGAAUCAAGAAGCGCGAGCAUCCCAUGACUUGACUGACCAUUUCCAGAGCUUUUAUUGUGAAGGCGCACUUCGGCGCCCCCUGUCGGCGCCUUGCGUGCAUCGCUGCUUGUCCUCCUCCUCCUCCGCGGCAGCAGAGGCAGCGACAGCAUCGGCGGCGGCGACGGACAAGGCGAGACGACACGAAAGGAGACGGGCAGAGCCCGGCCGAGUAGCCCCACUGCCACGGUCUGCCUCGCUCAAAAGCGUCGGUCGCCCCCCCUCCCCCCACUACCCAGGACGAGCGGCGAGAGCAGCGAGAGGACCCCGACCGGCAGGUGCGCUCGCCCGCUUGGUCGGCGGCCGGCGAUGGCGCCGGCGCUGCGACACGGCGACUCGGCGACGGCCGCGUGAGGAUUUCAGGCCGCGCUCAACGCCACUUCCGGUGCUCAGGGAGCCUCGGGAGGGGGGCGGCGGGAGGCGACCCGCCCGGCCGGCCGACGCUUCGACGCCCGUCGACCGGUCUCCCCGCACGGGCGAAAGGCGAGGGAUGCGGCGCUGAGCAUGCUGCCGCUGCUGAUCAUCGCCAUGGCGACCCCGGGCGGGGGCCGGGCCUGCGGCGCCCGGGGCAACUGCUCCGGCGACGGCGGCUCCAAGGAGUACUGCUACUCGGCGCGCAUCCGCAGCACCGUGCUGCAAGGUCUGCCCUUCGGCGGCGUGCCCACCGUGCUGGCGCUCGACUUCAUGUGCUUCCUGGUCUUGCUCUUCGUCUUUUCCAUCUUACGAAAGGUGGCGUGGGACUACGGACGCCUGGCGCUGGUCACCGACGCCGACAGCGUGGCGUCGUCGGCGAUCAACUCGGACACCCCCGACCGCUACGAGCGCCUCACGUCCGUCUCCAGCUCCGUGGACCUGGAACAGCGCGACAACGGCUUCUGCUCGUGGCUGACGGCCAUCUUCCGAAUCAAGGACGAGGAGAUCCGGGAGAAGUGCGGCGAGGACGCGGUGCACUACCUGUCCUUCCAGCGUCACAUCAUCGGCCUCCUGGUGGUGGUGGGCGUGCUCUCCGUCGGCAUCGUGCUGCCCGUCAACUUCUCGGGCGACCUGCUGGAAAACAACGCCUACAGCUUCGGCCGCACGACCAUCGCCAACCUGAAGUCCGGGACCAACUUGCUGUGGCUGCACACGACCUUCGCCUUCAUGUACCUGUUGCUCACCGUCUACAGCAUGAGACGACACACGUCCAAGAUGCACUACAAGGAGGACGACCUGGUGAAGCGCACUUUAUUCAUCAACGGCAUCUCCAAGUACGCCGAGGAGAGUCAGAUCAAGCAACACUUUGAGCAGGCGUACGAGAACUGCGUGGUUCUGGAAGCUCGGAUCUGCUACAACGUGGCCAAGCUGAUGUCCCUGAACGCCGAGAGGAAGAAGACGGAACGCAGUAAGAAGUUCUUCACCGACCUGAUGGCCAAGGAGCACGUCCCCACCAUGAUCAACCCCAAACCCUGCGGACAUCUCUGCUGCUGCGCCAUCGCCGGCUGUGAGGAGGAGGAGGCGGUCAGCUUCUACACCAAGAGGGAGGCAAAGCUGAAGGCGGAGUACCGCAGGGAGAAGGAAAAGGUCCACACCAAACCUCUGGGCAUGGCCUUUGUCACCUUCCAGAACGAGGCCAUGACCGCCAUAAUCCUGAAAGACUUCAACGCGUGUCAGGUGCAAGGUUGCCGCUGCCGGCAGGAGCCGCGCUCCUCGCAAUUCGGCGACGCGCUCCAUGUGCACAACUGGAACGUCUCGUACGCGCCGGACCCCCAGAACGUGCGCUGGGAGCACCUGUCGCUGGGCGGCGUCUCCUGGUGGAUCCGCUGCCUGAUCAUCAACUGCAUCCUGUUCCUGCUGCUCUUCUUCCUCACCACGCCCGCCAUCAUCAUCUCCACCAUGGACAAGUUCAACGUCACCAAGCCGGUGGAGUACCUCAACAACCCCAUCGUGACCCAGUUCUUCCCCACACUCCUCCUGUGGGCCUUCUCCGCCCUGCUGCCGACCAUCGUCUACUACUCGGCCUUCUUUGAGGCGCACUGGACCAGGUCCGGAGAGAACCGCACGACGAUGCACAAGUGCUACACCUUCCUGAUCUUCAUGGUUCUUCUGCUGCCCUCCCUCGGCCUGAGCAGCUUGGAUGUUUUCUUCCGUUGGCUCUUUGACAAAAAAUUCUUGGCCGACGGCACCGUCCGCUUCGAGUGCGUGUUCCUGCCCGACAACGGCGCCUUCUUCGUCAACUACGUCAUCGCUUCGGCCUUCAUCGGGAACGCCAUGGACUUGCUUCGGAUCCCGGGCCUCCUCAUGUACAUGAUUCGACUCUGCUUGGCACCGUCCGCCGCCGACAGACGCAACGUCAAGAGGCAUCAAGCGUACGAGUUCCAGUUCGGGGCGGCGUACGCGUGGAUCAUGAACGUCUUCACCGUGGUCAUGGCCUACAGCAUCACCUGCCCCAUCAUUGUGCCCUUCGGUCUGAUGUACAUGCUGCUGAAGCACCUGGUGGACCGCUACAACAUGUACUACGCGUACCUGCCGUCCAAGCUGGACAAGAAGAUCCAUUCUGGCGCCGUGACUCAGGUGGUGGCGGCGCCCAUCCUUUGCCUCUUCUGGCUGCUCUUCUUCUCCACCAUGCGGACAGGUUUCGAGACGCCCACCUCGGUCUUCACGUUGGUGGUCCUGGUGGUGACCAUCGUGGUGUGCCUGUCCCACGUCUGUUUCGGCCACUUCAAGUACCUCAGCGCUCACAACUACAAGAUCGACACCAAGGACUCGGACGAGGAAGUGGUGGGGAACGGACGCCCGGCCCGCAGCACCGCCUCCCCGCCGUCCAAAUCGCAGCAGAUGUACAUCGCCCAGGUGCUCCAGGACCCCAACUCGGACGAGCCGGGCGGCGGGGGCGAGGAGGACCGGGCGUCGUCUCAGGACGACGACAUGCUCAACGGCGGCAACAACAUCAACGAGGCGGAUUUCCACUCGGGGGAGGACAGUCUGAUCGCAAACGAGGUCCGCCAGUAACUGGGGGAGGAGCUCCACGGAGGGGGCGGAGACCGUCCACCGUCCUCGCCACCACGCGAUGCUAGGGAGCGAGCUAACUGGCUAACUAGCUCGCUCCCUAGCUAGCCGGCUAGCGCCACCGCGAGGCUCCUCCCCUUCCGAGCCUGAAGACUUGACCCCGAACGUCGUCGCGGGCGCCGAAGAGCCGUCGUCCGACGGAAAGCGCGUCUCCUGGCCCGCCGCCGUCGCUCUUGUCCGUGGCUUUUUUCCAAGCGGUCCCUCGAGCGCUGGUCCGGACGACGACGACCGGACUCUCCGACGCCAUCCGACUUCCCCAGUGAUCUUUUCACGCGUCGCCGUUCGCCGCGCCGGCACUGCGGGUCGUGACUCGCAACAACUGCGACUCGCGUCUCGAGCCCGACCGGAUUACGGUAAGCUAUGAAAAUGUGUCUGGGUCGCACGUGGAUGGAAACGCAUCGCGACCUGACUCUUUAGCUGACUUUGAAACUAAUUGUCAGAGUUCCUGCCGGCCCUGACGGCCAACGGGCAGCGCUGAGAAAGACUGACCGGUCGUGACCCAAAAUUCGCUUGUUUUGAGUCAUCUGCCCUGAAAGGAAUAGGUGGGUGUGGGGGGGGGGGGGGGGAUAAUUAUGUCGGGACGGGUCGCAACCAGAGUGACGAAAAUGUGUCUGGGUCGCACAUUGAACUUCUGAGUUUGAAUGUGUCACGACUGAACUCUUCCAAUGUCUUUGUUGUUGUUGUUUUCCUGUAUAAUAGCGGGUGCUGCAAGCUAACGUGAGCGCGCGGCGUGCUACUAAGUGAUGACAUUUUUUUUUUCACCUCUUCAUCUGCCAGCUUCUGUUUUGCGCGCAUCGGAGGCCUCGCCCGUUAGCCUGGCUCAGCACUGAGAAUAGGUUCGCGCAUGGCACGCCCGGCGUUGUUUCGCUCCCUUCGUCGUACGUUGACGCGACACCUUUCAUCAGCUCGCUACUUAAGGCGCAAAAGUGUUUCGAAGAAUGGCCGGCCAAGUGACUUGCUAGCACUAGCAAAGCUUCUGGAGACAUCUUGAAGUCUGGAGCCAAAUACAACUCAGAAUUAUUUUGUUUUUUUUGGUGGGGGGGGGGGUUAAUCAGGCAUUCGGCGCUAUGCUAAGCUAGGCUAAUUCCGCGUUCUUUUGGACGGCUGUUCACUGGCGCCGAUAUUUAUUUUUAAUUUUUACUUAUGUUUGUCUUUCGUUUUGGAGCAAAAACGGAACUGUCUUGAAUUGAAAAAAAACGAUUUUUUUUUAGCUAGCUAGCUAGCUAAAAGAGGAUUGACAGCGAUGUCUCAGGUGUGUUGUUUUCCUACGAUAAUGUUUACAUUGCGUUUUUUUUUUCGUGCGCGUGUACACAGAGCCGAGCUAUGAACGCUGUGGUGAGCACGCCGCAAGAUCCGGCCCACUUGGUGGCAGUUCUGGUCUUUGUGGCUCCACGCCUGAGAUGUUGGCCGCUGCGUGCUGCGUAGUCCUUACUUUCACCUCCUGACACCCCAAACAGUUUUCCUCAUCGGUCUCACAAAGUGGCCACCUUUCAAUUUGGGCGGAGGGAAACGGGGACGAAUCCGAUCGAUGUUUAACAUUGAUUUAUUUAUUCGGGGGGGGGGGCGCUUGCCUUCUUCUGGCAAGGAUUUCAAGCUGAAAAGGGAGCGGCUGCUGUCAAAUAACGGGCCCUCAAAUGUGUGUACAUAAAAGGUGGCGUCUUGACAACAUUCGAUUGGCGUUAUUGAUGUGAGCCUUUCUUUGUUUUCACGUGUACGCUUCUCAUUUAUGUCAGCUGGUCAAUAAAACGCCUCAUCAAUA